AUGCCGCCCUCACAGCUGAAACGCCUCAAGACCUCACUACGAGAGCAGGGAAUUACCGGCCCACAGAAAUCCAAGAAGCAGAAGCAGCGAGAUCGCAAUGGCGCGAAUGCAGACCAGCGCGUCCAGCGUACUGCCGCGCUCGCAGGCAUCCGCGAAAGCUUCAAUCCGUUCGAAGUCAAGGUGCUCGCCAGACCGAGGAAGUUCGAGACCACUACGAAUCGCCCCACGCACGGGAGGCAAGCAGUGGGUCGGCCGAGAGUUACCAAGAGCUUAGGGGAAGAGGCGCGCAAGCGUACGCUCUUACCAGAGAUGAAUCGGCGCAACAAAGUCGGCGGUAUACUCGACCGGCGCAUCGGCGAGAAUGAUCCCACCAUGACACCCGAGCAGAAGAUGCUGGAGCGCUUCACGCGAGAAAAGCAGAGGAAGAAGGGGGCAUCAUUGUUCGAUUUGGAGGAGGCCGAGGAGGAGGGGCAACUGACCCAUCUCGGGAGAUCGUUGGAUGUGGAGGAUGGUGUCGGUGGGGGCGACGACUUUGAUGAACACAGCAUAGGUGCCAGUGAUGAGGACGACGACAUGAUGCGACCUUUGAAGAGGAGGCGUGAGUCGUUGGAAGAGGAUAUGGAUCUCCCCGACGCGGCGCAGGAUGGGCAACCUGAGCGCAAGAAAACAAAGGCAGAGGUCAUGAAGGAGGUCAUGGCAAAGUCGAAGCUGCACAAGUACGAGCGGCAGCAAGCCAAAGAAGAGGAUGAUGAGCUGCGAGAAGAGCUGGACAAAGGUAUGCCUGAGAUCCUCGCUGCGCUCAUGGGACAACGAAAGCCGAAUCCGCCUCCCGCAAUCCAACCGGCUCCUGCACCGGCAAAUGCCGACUUCUCUAUCAACCCUGAUCGAGCGGCUUUGCUGAACGGCAUGGAUCGAGCAAGAGCCGACAAGGAAUAUGACGAGCGACUUAGGCAGAUGGCCAUGGACAAGCGCGCUGCGCCUACCACACGCACGAAGACCGAAGAAGAGAAGAUCCAAGAGGAGGCAGAGCGGCUAAAAGAGCUUGAAGAGAAGCGACAGCGCAGGAUGAGAGGUGAAGAGGAGAGCGACGAGGAGGAACCGCCGCAGGUGGAUGGCCUUGAGGCUGGCGAUGAUCCUGAAGGAGACGAUGCUGCUGAAUUCGGGUUCAAGGCGCCCCCAACAGGCUUAAGGCCGGAAGGCGUCGAGGAUGAGGAUGAUUUCGUUAUCGACGAUGAUUUGAUCGCCAGCAGCUCAGAUAUCGACGCUGAGCUUUCUGACGACAGCGAAGCAGAGGACCCAGACGAUGGAGACCCCCAUGAGGAGGAAGAAGAUGAGUUCGUCCGCGGUAUUCUCUCAAAAGACGAAGAGAACAGGACAGUUCUCGCGCCAGGCGCAUCGUUCGAAACACCGAGAGGCUCUGGCCUAGCAUUCACGUACCCGUGUCCCACAUCCCAUGCAGAGCUUCUGGAUGUUUUCAAGGACAUACCGGUCACAGAAGUGCCUACUGUAGUCCAACGAAUACGGGCGCUUUACCAUCCGCAGCUCUCGGCAGAGAACAAAACAAAGCUUGCAGGUUUCUCGGUAGCGCUGGUCGACCACAUUUCUCACACGACGUCUAACAAGCCGCCUACACCACUAGCGGUUGUCGAGACACUCAUUCGUCACAUCCACUCCCUCUCGCGUACCUAUCCCGAGACCAUUGCGAACGCAUUUCGGUCACACCUGAAGAAGAUGCACAGCGCCGGCAGUAUCUCACCCGGGGACCUGACCAUCCUAACUGCGAUUGGCUCUAUCUAUCCAACUUCAGAUCACUUUCAUCAGGUUGUCACUCCAGCAAUCACCAUCAUGGCUCGCUGGCUGGAGAUGACCGUACCACAGACAGCGCAAGAUCAUGGUACCGGCGCCUACAUCAGCGCGCUGUGUUUAAAGUACCAAAGCCUAUCGAAGCGUUUCAUUCCUGAGCUCGUGCGCUUCACCCUUGUCGCUCUCAAUUCCUCUACCGCUCCGCCCGACGUACUCGAAAUUUACGUUCAGAACCUCAACGCAAUGGCCGACCUCUGGUCCACCAAAUCCGCCUUCAUCGAGGUCUUCAGUCCCGACGCCCUCGCGACUUUCAAACGCCUAGAACAAACCGCCACCCUCCGCCGUCUCCGGAUCCUCAUCGACCAAGCCCGUCUCCGGCGGCGUCCCCUCGCACUCCACAACCACCGGCCCCUCGCAAUCAAGACCUCCGUUCCCAAAUUUGAGGAAGGCUUCAAUCCCGACAAGCACUACGAUCCCGACCGCGACCGGGCCGACGCGGCGAAGUUGCGCGCGGAGUACAAGCGCGAGAGGAAGGGCGCGCUUAGGGAGCUGCGCAAGGAUGCGAAUUUCAUUGCGCGGGAGAAGCUUAGGGAGAAGAAGGAGAGGGAUGUGGCGUACGAGAAGAAGUAUAAGAGACUGGUUGCGGAGAUCCAGGGCGAGGAGGGGAAGGAGGCGAAUGCCUAUGAGCGGGAAAAGAGGGCUAGGAAGGGGAGGAAGGGAUAG